GUAGGAGGUAUAAACCGUGCAGGGGCGGUGCCUGCGUUCCUGCGGACCCCCACCAUGAUCCAGCCACACCUGGAUAUGAAGCCCUUCCUGCAGUUCCCCAUGGACACAGCUCCACCACAACACAGCAUGGGCCUGUUUCACAACUUCAACACUAUGGACCCAGUGCAGAAGGCGGUGAUCAACCAUACCUUUGGCGUUCCACUGGUGAAAACCAAGAGGCCCAUCAUCUCUUGUAACGUCUGCCAGAUACGCUUCAACUCUGAGAGCCAGGCAGAAGCCCACUACAAAGGCAACCGCCAUGCACGGAGAGUCAAAGGCAUCGAGACCUCCAAGAGUCGCCCCCAGGAGGGUGACAAGUCCAGCCGACCUGUUCCCCUCAACUCCUCUCCAUCCCUCCCUGGUGAAUCCCCUACCUCCGCCCCUGACAUCAGCGACCCCUGUAACCCAGGUACCAAACACAAAACUAUCCUGGAGGCUCGCAGUGGGCUGGGUCCUAUCAAGGCGUACCCUCGGCUGGGCCUCAAACACCCGGGGGAGCUGGGAGGGGGACCACUGGACCCCAACACUGAGGAACGCACCUUCCACUGUGAGAUCUGCAACGUGAGGGUCAACUCUGAACUUCAACUCAAACAGCACAUAUCUAGUCGAAGGCACCGGGACGGAGUGGCAGGGAAACCUAACCCUCUUCUCAGCCGACACAAGAAGCACAGGGUAGCUGACCUCACGUCCUCUCUGAACUUCUCUAAGGAUCUCUCCAAAUGUUUGGGGGCAGGGCUCUUGCCCAGUCCCCUGGCUGUUGCUGCGGCGAUGGCCGCAGCCGCUUCCUCAAACCACCAAUUGGCUCAGCUUCGUGCUGCAGCAGCAUCUUCGGCCCAGCACCACCCGCAUCACCACCACCACCACCACCUAUUACAGGGCCCACCUCUCAGCCAUGCCAUCUUAAGACCCGCCCCCGGGCCCAUGCGCACCUCCCACGUGCCAAUCCUCUUCUCUCCUUACUGA